GCAAAAUCUGUAUCGGUUGGUACUUGAGUGGGGCAACAGGGAUCAGGAAAGUGAUAAAUGCGAUGGAGAUGUGUUGGAAGGUCUCGAAGCUCACCCAAAUUUAAAAGAGUUGCAUAUCCGGAAUUUUAGGGGAGAUCGGAUUCCACAAUGGCUUGUGAAAUCAUCCAUUAGUGGAAUUGCACUUAAUAAAUUGCAGAGAACUUGCCCUCCCCACACUAGGACAACUGCCGUCCCUCCAACAUCUACAUCUGUGUGGAUUGGAAAACACAUUGUGCAUUGGGCUUUCAUUCUAUGGUAUUAGUGAUGAGGAGGUCGGAGGAUCAGGAGGUUCAGGCACUAUUAGAAGACAAACAUUCUUUCCAGCCCUUAAAAUUCUCUCUCUUGAAAAUAUGAAAAAUUUGGAAGAGUGGAAGGACGCACAUGAAGCGAUGGAUGUGUUUCCCGUGCUGGAAAAGUUGUAUAUUAGGGAUUGCCCCCAAUUGACCACCAUUCCAACUCCAAGUCGUUUCCCAAGUCUUGAUGUAUUGGAAAUCAAAGAGAAUUGCCAUGUUUUGCUGGUAGAAAACGUUCUGAGAAGUAUAGCCAAUCUCUCAUCCCUUAAAUUAAGAGGUGGUCGUCAACGCAUGGUGUCUCUUAAUUCAGUGAUACGAUCAGAGAGCAGUUUGAGUAUUGAUGGCUGUGACAGUCUACCCACUGACAUGCUCGAGCGACUCUGCCUUUUUCCAAUUCUUCAACGUGUAGAAUUGAGGCGUUGCCCUAAUAUAACAACAUUAAGAGGAAUGAGUUGCGCUGCUUGUCUUAAGAGAUUGCUAGUCAUUGAUUGUGUGAAUUUACGGAAUGAGUUGCCAGAAGAUCUUUAUCAAUUUGAAGCUUUAGAGCACUUGGAGAUAACGGGUUGCCCGAAAAUUGAUUCAUUUGGAUCAAAUCCUAAUAAAGGACAGAAAAGCCUCCUUAAGUCUCUUGAGCAAAUUUUUAUUGUUGAAUGCGAUGGAUUAACAAGAUUACCGGUGGAAAUGUUCGAGUCGUGUACGUCUCUCCGAAAGCUGGGGUUGUUCAAUUGUCCCAAUCUGGUCUCCUUUCCCCUUGAUUUGCGACGAACCCCUUCUCUCGAGAGGUUCUCGAUACAGGAGUGUCACAAAUUGAUUACCGAGAUGCCUAGUGGAUUUGGCUAUCUUACUAGCUUAAGGAAAGUGGAGAUUGGUCCCGUCUCAGAUUACUCUGUAAUGGAAUUUGAUUGGGCUGGAUUAGCAUCUUCAUCGACACUCCAGCACGUGAAUUUAAGAGGGAUGCGUGACACGAAAUCUCUGCCACAUCAGCUUCAACACUUGACUAACAUCACAUCACUACGUCUACAACACUUCGGAGCAAUCGAAGCCUUACCAGAUUGGCUUGGGAACCUUGCGUCUCUUGAAGAACUAUUUCUAUGGAAUUGCAAAAAGCUUGAAUAUUUACCCUCUAUAGCUGUCAUGGAACGCCUCAAAUUAAAACGUUUGGAAAUUGGUUAUUGUCCUCUAUUAGGCGAAAGAUGCACUCCUCAAAGCGGCUCCGAGUGGACCAAGAUCUCUAAUAUUCCAGAGCGUAUAAGAAAUUAUAAGUCUUUCUGAGCCAUCCGGCAACAACUGUCAGUGACACAGAAAGCAGUCAUAGUGCCGAAACAUUGCAAAAGGCUCAAAAGUGUGCUCAAGGCAGAGUCAGCCUGGAACCUCUAAAGCAUCUUAUUACACUGUUCGUAUUCUCCAACUGAAACAUUAGGCUGUGGUUUCCAAUCUUUUUUGAAGAAAGAUGAGGAGGAAGCAGAAAUCAUGCUUUUUGGACAAAGAACACCAAGGUUCCCGUGUUGUUCUUAUGAGAAUGUCAGGAGGGAGAAGUUAUUUUCACUUAUCAGUCAAGUUUUGAAGAUUGAAGGUAGUUAUUUGUGAUUUUCCCACCAGAAUGCCAUAUAUUGCUCGGAAUGUGGAAAUAAAGCGUGCUAAAAACAGAGUGGCUUGUGCCAGGCUUGUAGAAAGUAGUAUGGAUGGAGAAGAAUUAGAGGGGAGCAUGGUAGCUGGUACUAGAGAGCUAUCAAGGUACUAGACUUGCCUGAAAAAACUGGACUUGCUGAUACUUCAGUUCCAGAGGUGAGAAGAUUUGAUGGAAAGAAGUUAGACAUUGUAGACAGCAUUGACGAUCAUUUGGACGACAUAAACGACGCAUGUGAUUGCAGUGUCAAUCAUUCAUUUGGGUGGAAACAGUUAAAAGAUUUGGUGCUGCAAUUGCAGAUGCAAGAAUUCCUACGUCCUCAUUCAAAGGUUCCCGCCAGAUCUUGCAAGGCCUUUGUCAAUUGGACAACAGGUUAACCUUUCCACUCGAGAACAAGAGAGACUCAUGGUAGAACUGUGCUAACGGUUAGCCAUUCUAGACUUCAUCUUUUUGGAAAAAGAACCACAUGGCUCCCUGUUGUUUUUGUGAGAAUGUCAAAGGGAAGAAAUUAUUUGUCACUGAUCAGGCAGAUUUCGCAAAUGAAGAUGGUUACCAAUUACAGUUAUUUUGCUCAUUAAAUUGCAUUAGCCUUGAUGGAGACUUCUCAAAUACCAAACAGAAAAAUUGAAAUUGUUAUGUCCUGUAGUGCAUAGAAUGCAGAAAUGAAGGCAAUGAUUUGGCUAUAUCUGAGCUUUGUGAAGACCAAUGAAGGCAGUAAAUCAAUAGUAAAUGUUACACAAGGAAGUUCUUCAAAGUGGUUCGUUCCACCAGAUAGAGGUUUCUUCUAAUUUGAUUUGCUUCAGACAGAGGAAAGCAUAUCAAGGAACCAAUUUGCUGCUGAGACUAGUAGCCAAUUUGGUUGAUCUUGGUUCCAUUAUAAGCUCUCUGGAUUCCUCUACUUGUCAAUCGCAUGAACAUAGAUCUCAUAUCAUUGGAAGCAUUGAAAGUGAGAGAAUGAGAAGGAAAGAGCAUUGGAAGCUAGUUGUUGGAUUGUAGGCGUGAAAAAGUCCUUCAAUUCACAUUUCCAUUAUUUGUUACUAUACUAAAGUUUUGCUCUAUAGUUCUGUAUCCCAAAACUUCAGUUUAACUAUUCUAAAAGUGUCGUACACAUGGCUGGCUAGAAUGCAUGUAUUACUCCAGCUUGGCUUAC